GCUAGCUGUCUCUGAGUCUGAGCCAUCAAUUCAACAACAUGGCAGAAAAACGGAAUGAGAUUCGAUCCCUUGCUUCUUUUUUCGAUAUAGGGAACGUAAAAGUCAAUAUUAAUAGUGAGACGAAGUUACCUUGCAUUCAGUGCAAUGGAACGUCUGUCUCUGGGUUGAUGUCAAUCUGCUCCUACCUAGCAACCACAUCAGGGAAGGCGGAGCUUGUUGGCAAGGAUGCUAAAUCGAGGGCCCUCGUUGGUCAGUGGCUUGAAUACAGAGUAACAGAGGUGGACAGAUGUCAGGGAGACAAAGAGGAAAGGAAUGUUUUCAAGGAACUGAAUGCGUAUCUGUCUACAAGAACAUAUUUUGUUGAACAGCGAUUUAGCCUUGCUGACUUACUUCUCUACUAUGGUCUUCACAACAAAGUUAAUGGGCUCACUUAUCACGAGAAGGAAACAUAUAUGCACUUAUCAAGAUGGUUUGACAAUGUCCAGAGGCUUCCAAACACCAGGCAACACCUGACAGAGGUACCCUUUGCACUCAAUAGGUUGUAUGCUGGAUAUGUACCUCACUGAUACCAACCAUCAUGUAUAGUGUAUGUUGGGAAGCCGGGAAGGGGGGGGGGGGUUGUUUCACAAAGAAUAAAGUGUGACCAGGGUAGCAUUUCAUGAAAGGAUUUGUCGGACG